UGGCACGCAGCCCAGGAUCAGCUCGGUGUCACUGCUACGGCGCCUUGUGAACCACACUUCAUGCCCAGGGUCUCUCUUAUACACAAACACAGUUACAUAUAUGUCAUAUUUUACGUGUUAUUGUGGUGAAAUCCUGCGUUUCUGAGCCAAAGUCUCCGAACUGAGCGAGCAGCGGGAGUCGCCGGGGAAUGACGUCAGGACGUAUCACAUUGAAUGAUGACGCCGUUUGAUCAUUAAAAAAAUCUGCCGUUAAAACAUAUCAGAAUUAGGUCAGCGGAGUAAAACUGCGCCGACCGACACGUCUCUUUACCGAGGUGCGUGUGGUGGUUUGGCCGGAACAAAGGCGCCGGCCCCGGUGUGAAUUCAGCUGCUCAGCCGGGGAGAAGACACGGAGAUGAGCGGUGUUCGAAGCCUCUGCAGACGGGAGCUGCUGUAGCCGCUGGACCGGUCCGUCUGUCCGCCUCCCUCCUCCGCCCCCGCCGCCGCUGGGUUCUUUGAAACCUGCGAGCCCGAAGAACGUGAGCGCGCCUGUUCGACCCGGCCACGGCGGGGCUGUGGAGGCUUAGCCCCGGGGACCGAGACGGGAGAGACGCCGACACACGGCAAAGACCAGGACCCAGGAAAUUAACUUCUCGCCUCGUCUAGACAGCCCGGCAGCAGCACCAUGCGCAUCCCACUAGUUCAAGAUAAACAAAUUCACGAGUCUAGCGUGUGAACACAACCACCAUGUGACCCUCAACACUUUAGCCACGGAUCUUCAUUACACUGAGAAGAAGUAAAUAGGCACUGGUUUCACGAUGUCGAGCCGGCGGAAAUCAACCACACCUUGCAUGGUGCUGUCCUCUAAUUUGGUGGAACAGGAAGAGGCGGAGGAGAAAACAGAGAGGACCAAGGAGGAAGAGGCGACGGAGGAGGAGGUGGAGGGGAAGGUGAAGAAGGGAGCAGAGGAUGGGCCGACUGCAGAGGAGCUGGGUCAGGCUGUCGUGGUCGUCCCCACGCCACCAGAUACUGAUGAGCCCAGUGUCUCUACUGUAGAGGAGAGUGAGGUACUUGAUCCCUCACUGAAACGCAGCGCUACAAACGCUCCAGAGGAUCCGAGCAGCGAUCAGCCGACAGAGGAGCAACAGUGUGAGACGCCCGAGGAGGGAGGAGCAGACCCCGUGUCCGUCGCUGCCAUUUCUGUCAGUAAGACACCCAUCAUGAGGUUGAAGACCAAGUCUGAACCCAAGAGGAUCGCUGUGUCCCUGAAAGCGGCAGACGAGGCAGUGGACGGCUUUGGGGGAGGUGGUGAAGGAGAGGUGGGGGGAGAGCAGGAGCCCAUUGAGGCUCCUCUGGGGCCGAUGACACCUGUGGAGAUGCUGCUGCAUGACUCCAUGAAGCUCGGUGGAAGUGGCUUGCUUGUCAGCCCGCCAUCAGAGCAGCAUAGGAAGUCAUCCAUUUUAAACCCUACAGUUCUGCCUCCUGGCCUGGCACAGGUGCUGUCAGCUUUCCAGGCCCAGCAGAGUGCAGUGGCAGCAGCUGCAGCUCAGCCUCAGCUGCUGAUUCCCCUCAGCAGCAUCCCAUCCUACAGCGCGGCCAUGGACACCAACCCUCUGCUGGGCAGCACGUACAAGAGGUUUCCUUACCCCUCGAUGGCCGAGAUCAGCAGCCUGGCAGCACAGACGCAGUUCACAGAGGAGCAGAUCAAGGUGUGGUUCUCAGCUCAGCGGUUGAAGCACGGUGUCAGCUGGACUCCCGAGGAGGUGGAGGAGGCCAGAAGGAAACAGUUUAACGGCACAGUGCACACGGUGCCUCAGACCAUCACUGUCAUACCCGCUCACCAGCUCUCAGCUGCUGCCAACGGCCUGCAGUCCAUUCUUCAGACCUGCCAGAUAGUGGGCCAGCCCGGCCUGGUGUUCACACAGGUCGGUCCAGGGGGCAACCUUCCUGUGACCAGUCCAAUUACGCUGACAGUAGCAGGACUGCCUAGUCAGUCCCGGAGCUCCAGCAGAGUGUCCUGCCAGCCCACCUCAAUGAACAAUGAGCUGAAACGAGCCACCACUGUCCAACCUCCCUCUCUUUCUCCACAGGAGAACUCGGCCCUCUGCGCUGACACAUUCAGUAUGAGGCCUAAGAAGUCCAAAGAGCAGCUGGCGGAGCUGAAAGCCAGCUACCUGAAAAACCACUUUGUCACUGAUGCAGAAAUCGCGAGGCUCAUGGAGAUCACCAGCUUGACCAAGGGAGAGAUCAAGAAGUGGUUCAGUGACACCCGGUACAACCAGCGCAACUCCAAGAACAGCAACGUCAUUGUUUUCCAAGAUGGAGGGGGUAGAGGAGGUGGCAGCUGUAGUAGCAGUGCCACCAUUGUUAUUGACUCCAGUGAUGAUAACCCCACUUCUCCCCUUCCUCCCUACACACCUCCUGUGAAGGAGACACGGCCCAAAACCUGGAACCCAUUCCCAGACUUUACUCUGCAGAAGUUUAAAGAGAAGACACCGGAGCAGCUGGUGGUGCUGGAGGAGAGCUUCGAGAAGAGCAUCAACCCAUUAGAUGAAGAGCUGAGCCGCCUGAGGACAGAGACGAAACUGACGAGGAGGGAGAUCGACGCGUGGUUCACUGAGAGACGAAAAAUGCCAUCUGUCAGUACCUCUCCAGAUUCUUCAGACGGAGGGCAGAUGGAGACGGAAGGAGCAAAAGCAGGAGAAAGAGGAGGAACCUCUUCUUCACCUUCCGCCACCUCGUCUCGUAGAGGCAGUCAAACGCCGCCUGGAGGUCGCAGUAGGAAUCUGCCCUCCACCAGCAGCGGCAAGAAAGACAUAAAAGAUAAGAGCAAAAAGACUCCAGAGCAGCUCCACAUUCUGAAAAGUGCCUUUGUGCGGACCCAGUGGCCCACACCAGAGGAGUACGGCCAGCUGGCAGAAGAGAGCGGCCUUCCUCGGUCUUACAUCGUCAGCUGGUUCGGUGACUCUCGCUACUCCUGGAAGAACGGAAACCUGAAAUGGUUCUUUCAGUACCAGAGUGGUAACGUAGAGGGAGCGAGCAUGGGAGGAGGAGGAACUAAAAUGGGAAACAACGGCGGCAGAAAAAGACGCGGCCGAAACCGUGGGUGGGGUCGUUCCCGAACCAGGAAGCAGCCAAGAAGGUCCGCCUCCUCCAGUGUAGAUACUGACAGAUCUCCCCCUGCGAAGAAAUUCAAGACUGGGAGGGAGAUCCUGAGGGAGUACUACCUGAAGCACCACUUCCUCAACGAGCAGGACCUGGAUGAGCUUGUCACCAAGACCAACAUGAGCUAUGAACAGGUGAGGGAGUGGUUUGCUGAGGUCCAGCGGCGCUUGGACGUAGGUGCAGAUCCCUUCCAGGAGCCGGCUGCCGAAAGGGCGGAGGGAGGAGAGGAGAGAGAGGAGGCGCAGGGAGAGGCGUCAGUGGCCCCCGAGGACCAGACCGGAACUGGGAUGGGAGAUGAAGAAGAUGAUGAAGAAGAUGAGGAGGAGGAUGCCGACGACACGGAUGACAGUGAGGUUUGGGAACCAUCGCGUAGCGUCAGGAAAUCCUUGUCAGUUUCUGAAGACUAAUGAUUGUGGAAAGUGAUGGUGAAACAUUACAGAAUGUUACAAGAGACGUGAUCAAUGCUGGAGGACAGUUAGCCGAACCAAGUCUUUUUUGCCACUGAUUUUCUUUUGUACACAUUAGCAACGUUGAUGAACUGUUUUUUCAAACUAUCUCUGAAUCAUGUCUAGAUGCGACUAACAGAUGGACCAUAACUUUAACUCUCUCAACACUUACCUUAUUAACUGUAGGUGAUGUGACACAUUGUAGACAAUAAUUGUGAAUACGAAUACCAUGAAGUGCAAUCUUCAAGCUGAGCUAAAGAUGAGAACUGAUGAAAAAGUUGCCCCAAAAGAUGGUAUAUCCAGGCACACCCAUACACCGUUCUUCAGAAACAGUUGAGGAAUACUGACUGUUGUAAAUUCAUUAUUUUUUGGAGGAACUGACAGCUCCAAUGUCCAGCAUGCUCCUAUUUAAAUUUGCACUCCUUCAUUGCUUAAAUGAAGCCAAUAAGGAAGAUUUUAUUUUUCACAUUUAUGCUGCAUUUCCCUAAGAAGUAGUGUGUGAUGCUGUUGUGAGCGCAGGACUAAAUUCUUACUUUGAUCCCAAGCAUUAUGAAUGAUUUACUUGUGGUCCCAAACUAACUGCACACUAUUUUAACAAAGGUGCUUAGAAACCUAUCACCAGAUGUCACUGCUGAGCAAUCUCCCUAAUAAUCCAGCAUUCAUCUCAUAGAGGAGCUGGUUGAUUUGACACAUUACGGCAUGUUCUUUAAAGCACCUGUGAAGAUCGACCAGGUUGUGUGAGCUGGAAAUAUUGGAUUGAUAAUGACAGUGUAAAUCAGGUAUGUCAUCUUUAAAUGACAGGAAAAGUACCUUAACGCUGAAUGAAUGCCAAUGCCAUGAUGCUUUUAAAUAACGCAGUAUGUCUGCGCCAGUCUUCCCUUAAAAGUGACUCAUUUGUCAUUAAUAUUAUCGCUAUAGAUUUUUAACGGAGCACCUACAGAUCUGAUGGAGGAAUUCCACAGUAUGGGUUAAAUAUGCACUGCUAUUAAUGUUUUUUAACAACACCUUCACCUUUUGAUAGAAUUCAUCCCGUGCUACUAUCAACGUUUGGAAAGAGGUUAUGUAAAUUCAGAUAGCACGAGGCUUUUGUGCCAGAACUGAAUGUGUGGAGCAGCGAGCUUCAGUUUGAAGCAGAGGCCCUGUUUGUUAACUGAAUGAUGAGGCAGACAUGUAGGUCCAAUGACAUAAAAACAAACAGAAGUAUCCCUGCUGCAGCAUUUCACUUAGAGUUUGCUUGUGGUGGGAUUCUGAUGGGAUUGACUGUGUUUUGUUUCCAAUGGGGGAUGCAUGUAAAUACAAGCACCAGCUGCAGCUCCAGUGUGAAUUGAAAGUAAAUCGAUCCGCAUGUUUUCCCCUGACAAGACUGCUAUCACCACCAAAUCACCGACUUUUUGCCUUUAGGUUUAGGCUCAUGUUAAAAAUGAGGCCUGAGAAUUAUUGUUAGUCCUGACCCGUACUUUAAGAAGCACUGUUUAACAGUAUUUUAAAUAAUAAUCGGACUCCAAUCUGCACUGAACAGAAGAACAUGAAGCACCUAAACUAAACUUUUUAAAAGUUGCACUUUGUCCGCUUGUGUUCCCAGUGGACUAAAUCCUGAUUAGGCACCUUAAUCUCUUAUUUAACCAUGAAAUGGCUCUGAGAGACCAAAUCUCUUUUGUAUGAUGUAGAACUGAACCAGUAUUUUGCCUUUUUUAUCCUUAGUGUGUUUUCAAGGGGAGGAAUAUUAUCAAUGUAUCAACUUUUAUAAUAAUAUGUGUUAUUUCCUAUUUCGAUGUUCAUAUGGCUCAAAAGAAAAUAGUAGAACAAUCACCUACCACUUUGUUUUGCUAAAUUGCACAAUUUGAGCCCAGUUUUUAACCAUCUGUCCUUUUGAAAAGGCGCGUGUGUUACAUCUGUUUGUGUUGUUGGCUUUAAAUUAUGGGAAUUGUCUCCUAUCUCUCCUUCUCUGCUCUCAAUUGCCCCUGCCGCUUCAACAACUUUCAUCCAGGCCACUUUUGUAAAAUAAAUGCCUAGUUUUCAUGUGCACUUCCUGAAACAUGUUCCUGUAAAUGUUGGCAGUGUCCUGUUGGUUCCCUGUCUCUGAAAUGACAGGGCUGUUAGGGACGACUCCACAAGAACUGAAACCAAUCAGAAAAUUCAAAAAGGACUUUUCUUGGGGAAAUAAAUUUCUCUCAUGGAGGGAAUCGUGAUAUCUGAAGGAACAGCACAGCAUUCCCUCUGUGGUGGGAAGUCUACCAAAUAGCGCUCCGCUUUCCAGCUGUUUUCUUUGUGCUGUACUGCAUCAAGAGGACAAUAGACAGAAAACUGUCUCGACUACAGUUGUUCACACACGGGGGAGAGACUCUGAUGAAGCUUUGCAGAUAAACCUAUGUGCCUACAUGGCUCGUAUACUUGUUUGAACACAAUUUCACCAACACUCGACAAAAGAUGACAAAAGAACUAGUGAAUUUGUGAACCAGUGAGUCUUGUUCAAACGAAGGUGUGAUGCAUGACCGAGCUCUGCUUCCUGCUGAUGCUAAAAGAUGCCUAAAUACUCUGAAGUUGACAUUGGAAACUUCUGUUUUAAGUCCUUAAACAAAUAACCUUGGUGUUUUGAAUUUUGUUCUGUUUUAAUAAGCACUUGUCACAUACUACAUGUUGGUACCCGAGUGUCGCAGCUGAAGGAGAGCUGAAACUGCUUUGUUGUGAUGUGACAAGCGCAAAUAACAAGUAACAGAUUCAAAAUGCCGAGCUCAACCUAUUGUCUAAUACUGCAUGCAAUAACUAAGAUGAACAACUGCUCAUUUUGUACAUACAUUAUUUUGGGUUGGUAUACUUGGCACAGUAGAAGCCUAACCUAAGAUAACACUUUUGUGUAGCUUUUAAGACUAGUUAAUUUUGAAUGAUUAAGUUGACUAGUACAAUCAUGGACCUGUUUUUUUCUCUCGAUCAACUACUCUAGAAUGUUUACUUUCAGUGCUUUGCUUGUGAUUUUGUAGUCUCAACAAUUGAGGUGAUUCUUUGGCAGCCAUUUGCAACCGUUUGAAUCCUUGUACUUUGUGUGCUAAUGUUGUACACAUGCUACAAAAGGGCUUGUCCCAGAUUAACUUUUAUUUCUGAGGUUAGGCUUACUUCUGUAUCCAGGUAUCCAGCCCACAGUCUUUUACAGUGUGCUCUUUCUUUACUAUUAUUUUGUAUCUAAAGAAACUGUGUCAUUACAACUCUGUCCAGACACCAGUGGAUUGCUUGUUAACAAUACUGACUCAUACAAUACAUACAGCAGAGUAGUGUUUUUGAAAUAGAAUCUGUUUUAGAGUUCAACCAGUGUUUUGCCCGAGUGGCUUUUUGACACUUUGGUUGCAAAAAAUAUAAAAUCACAACUCAAAGAAGAGACAUGCUCCUGCAAAGAUUGCAUUUUUGUAACACAUGGGAGGUUUUUUAUUUGCUUGAUAAUAUGUAAAAAUCUUAUUUAAAAUGUUGAGCAACACUUUAACUUGGUUUGAGAGGCACUCCAUUAAUAUUGAACAUAAAGUCCUUUUGAAUGUAGUCUUUUGUUGCUCUGGAGGGAAACAUUUAAAACAACCCUGACAUAUUGAUGUCAUUGGGGUCAUCUCAGAUUUGUCUUGAAACCAGAGUAAGUCUAAUGAAAGACUUGCUGCUGCCUUAUGGGAAAUGUAGGAUUCCAUUGAUUUUGGACCUUGUUGCAUCUCAGUGUCUGCUGCCCAGUUUUGAACCAUUAUUUUUUUUAACCAGUGUCUCUCAAGUAGCCUAUAAUGACUAAGUGUUUUGUAAUAAUACUUUAACAUGAUGACAGUUAUCCCGAUAUGAGGUUAAUGAGAAAGGUAUUGUAAUAGUAUUACAUGAGGAAAUUAGGUUUUCAAAUAUUUCUCUCAGUUCCGUUGACGUGUCUCUUCUCUGAGUUGUGAUUUUAUAUCCGUCUCUCUUCAUGUGUCCCAGUAUUCCUGUGCAGUAGAGCUUAUAUUGUGAUCUGAGUAGUUAACCUGCUGUCCUAUUAUACUCAUGUGUCAUAUCUGUAUGCUUCGCUAUACUUCUGCUUAGUCCUCACUCGUUUUCUGUAUUUAGAGUAGAUUGGUUGAAUGUUUCUUAUGCAAUCAGAGAUUCAAAUGUUUUCACUAUAUAACAGCUAGCUUUUUGGUUAAAAAAAAUGCAUUCUGUCAGAAUUGUAAUACACUGUACGUAUGAAUAUUUUUUUUUUUUAUUCAAUUAAUUGUGGACUUUCCACCGUCUCUUUUUUUUAUCUAAGUUUAUCUGCUGACAGUUUUUACCCCAAUUUAUUUGCUUCUAAUGGGCUUGAGUUGCUUUGAACUUGUAAACUUUUCUCUUUGUUCCUGCUUCAAUACAGUGUACAUCUCCAGACCUGUUCAGAGAGUGAUGACAGUGAUCUCUCCGCUCCUGUAUUAAGUAACAGUUGUUUCCAUAGACACAGAUACUGUAGGAAGAACCCAAAGGUCUAACUCCAUGCUCUGCUUUAAUAAAUGGGUGUGUGUUAAUAUAAAGACAACUGAUAUUUAUUGUGCCAUUUUCAAGUGAUGUCACCCCUGAUAUUAAGUCCUUUUUUACCAGGUUUUCUAAAUAAGCUGUAGUUUGGGUCGUGUAAAAUCCCACCAUGAACUGGUUCGUCUUAAACAGUACACCUGAUGGAUGACUGGAAGAGGAGAUUCUGGGAUUGAUUUACUUGAGGUGGGACUCUUUGCAGAUGAUUGUUCUGUCUACAGCCGUCAUGAACAAGCUCUGCAACCACACCUUUCAACAUGGGGGUUUUCUGUGUCUAUGGAAGGGACUUCCCCAUCUACACUCUGCCCAUGUGUCUGUCAGAAAUUUUGAUUAAACGUGAUGUGCGAUCGCCUCUGCAGGUUUGCUCUAGAGACCUAAACAAACUUUGGGGCUUCCCUGCAGUUAUCAACUUGAAGCGACCUGCUAUGAGUCAGUUUGUGCAAUGUUAAUUUAAUAUCCUGGCUGUUAUUGGGGCCCUGGCUUGAUUUUUAGCUUGAUUAAGAAAAAAAAAAAGAUUUCUAUUUUAUACUUGUUUGAGGACGAACCCCAAUAAAUUCUGAUCAAAAGAUG